GAGCGGUAGCAGUUCAACAACAGUGGCUAACAAGCAGGCAGGCAUCGCAGCACAGCAGCGGGGUGAGACCGAAGGCACGUCCGCCGCAGAGGAGGUGGAGGAGGAGGAUGGAUUUUAUCCGGAACAACUGAUCGAUCGAGCCUCACUGUUAUUUUCUCCAGCAAAGCUGUGAUAAAGAUAAAGUAACGUUAUCGCUAGCUGCUGGUGACGUGCCCAGGACAUUCACGGAUAACGAAGCUGAAAUGUUACGUAAACACAGAACCUUGGCAGCCAGGGAUGGUCAGCGGAAACCUGUACUGUACCUAGCAGGGUUGGGCAGAUUGAUACUUAACAUAGCCCGACACUAAAGUGGAAAAAAAAAUGUCCAGUAGAAGCCAGCACUAUGGGUUCCAGUCAGCCACCAUGGUGCAGCCCGCCAACGGUGGUCACGCCUAUCUGUUUGGAAACAACGGCUCGGAGAACGAUCUGUCGGAGGAGGACACCGAGCUCUAUGAGCUGCGGCCUCGUGGCAGAGAGAGGGUCCGGAGGAGCACGUCCAGGGAGAGGCUGGAUGAUAUUAUCUACCUGAGCAGGGACGUCCACGAGGGAGACACUCUGAACAGCAUCGCCCUGCAGUACCAUUGCUCAGUUGCUGAUAUUAAGCGUGCCAACAACCUCCUGACAGAGCAGGACUUCUUCGCCCUGCGUUCAGUAAAGAUCCCUGUGAGGCGAUUCAGUGUCCUCACAGAGACUCACAGCACAGGUCCUCUUAAAUCUGCCUCGCCCUCUGGUGCCACACGCCCGCCUCAGAUCUCACCGGUUGCCACCCUCCCUUCAGAGUCCUCCACAGAUUCGUCGUCUUCUGCCGACAGCGUGGAAGGAUUCCUCCUGGAGAAGGACAAGGACAUUGAGCGCCUGGUUAAGUCCACAGGUCCGUCUCGGAGCAGCCUGCACGAGGUGGUUUCCUCCUUGACGCUGCAGCAGCCUCUGCUGGCAGGCGCGGAGUAUAAGUCAGUACAGAGAAAGGACCCUUAUCAUGGGGCCGAUUGGGGCAUGAGAUGGUGGACGGCGGUGGCCAUUAUGCUGGUGGUUGGAAUUGUCACGCCUGUGUUUUAUCUGCUGUACUAUGAGGUUCUUGUGAAAGCUGACGUCAGCCACCACGGAGUCCCGACACCAGCAAGCAGCGACACAAAGCACGGACACCUCCCUAGCGAUAAAUUGAACAUUCCAGUUGGAGAAGUUGCAGGUGCCGUGCUUGGACAGAAUCCUGGAAACGUGGAUCCCGGAGAUCCCCAGAAAUUCAAUGUGGAUAAACCAGGAGACAGUGAACAGGGAGGACUUAAGACAUAACAAGGGAUUUUAACUUCACAUAGAAAUUUGUCGCUAGCUAAGAGACCUAAUAAACUGAGUGGAUGAUCCCAUUUUGAGUAGUUUUUGACUUAAAAGGUCCAGUGUGUAGGAAUUAGUGAGAACUGCAGUGACAUCUAAUGGCGAGAGUGCAACAAAUGGUGGACUCUGCAUGUGGCUUACUUUCUCAAACACAUCAGGGAUUCACAGCGUCCUUUAAGCCAUGUUUCCACCGAGUGGUACAGUACAUAUUUUUUGCAUUUCCAUUAGGAACAGUAUCAGAGGAAAGGGUAUGGUCAUCAUACAAAGCUUGACGUCCUGUUGAGACAAACAGCCAACAAACCGAGCAGGAAAACAAACAAAAUCACCCCCCUACCAAGUUAAGGUACUGUUCUCGAAGUGACACCCUGACACCCUAACAAAACAAAAUGGAAACACGGCAUUACAUACAAGAGAUGACAAGGAUGUUUGUCUGUCAACUCUAUUCCACUUCCUUUCUUCUUUGUAGAUUCAGGUGUUGGGUGAACGUCACACUUCAAAAGUGUGUAACGCACAGCUUUUUUGAGGCUGUUGUGUUAGUUCUGUCUAAAGCAAGACCGCUGCCUAAAGUACAGAUAAAAGGCCAUUUCCGAGAGUGAGUGAGUAGUUUAUUCAAUUUCUGCCAUUAAACCCUACUAAUUAUUACACACUGGACCUUUAAUACGUCACUGCAAUUUGUCGCUGACAAAUUUUUUAACAGUUGAGAGACUAGAAAUAAGGGUAAAGACCACAAUUGCUCCCUGUGUCCAUUCAUUUUCAUCAACAUUGUUUUCAAGAAAAAGGGACCAUCACACGCAGGUUCAGACGUCUGCUGGACGAGUCACAUUCCAUUUUAUGGAGACUCUGAGGGUAGUUUGUCAUCAGGAGAUCUUAUGGUGUUAUUGUUGUCAUCUGGGCUGCUAGGUUUACACUAAUCUCUACCCAAAAACUGUUGAAAGGAGUUCAGAACUCCGAGCGGUUUCUGCAGUGAUGGAUCAGUGGCCACAGCCCAGAAUUAUCAAUAAUUCUGAGUUUUCCGUGUCCCUCAAACCUGCUUGUUCUUUUUUCCCCCCAGUAUUUUUUUUGCCAUGUUAGUAAUUUUCCAACGCUUGUUGGAAAAGUAUGAUUGCUGCCACUGUGUUGAAUACAGCAUUAAUUUAUUUCAAGACUGUUGAGCAUUCAUUUUUACUCACGCUAUCAGUAUUGACCGUGAACCAUUGAAUUGUGUUUGUAUAAUUCCACGAAAUUUGCUUGAAUUUUUUUCCUCUUUGCCUGCAGAAAACUGCUCUUUUGCAUUUAAAAAACACAACUAUUCAGAGCAUGGUAAGAAACAUGGGAAAUGCACAGUAUUCCCACAAAGACUCACACUUAAGUAAUUAUGUGAAAUUUGAGUUUUUGAUAUAGCCCUUUUAUUAGAUCACUGUGUUCAUAUUUUAAGACAAAGCAUUUUGUGUCGUCGACAACAUGUGCCUUUUUCGACCUGUGUAAAUGUACAACGGGCUGGAAAAUAAAUCUAUUUUGAAUAAAUUAUUGCUAGUCCACA